CGAUUCUUCAGAUUAGUUUUAUCCAAACAAAUUGUUGAUUCAACUGUUACUUAUAACUAUAUCUUUAUAUCGUUUACAAGAUGAUCUUUUUGGGUUUCACGAUUGCUGUAAAUUUUCUAGUGUUGGCUGUUUCAGCUAAUAAAACUGUUCCAGUAACAGACUCAACACCAGGCCAAUCGACAAGUGAUUUUAGGCCUCGAACAGCUGCCAAAGUAUGGAAUCCUUGUGGUACUAAUUGUCCUUUAACCUGUGCCAAUCCUAAACCUCGAGCCUGUAUUAAAUCAUGUAAAGCUGACUUCUUCUGUCCUUCAGGAUAUUUGGAAAAUUCAAUUGGUCAAUGUGUUUUUGAAGAGGAUUGUGACAACUUGCAACCGAUUCCAAUUGAUAAUCCUGUACCUUUACCUCGACCAUUCCCAAGAUUCCCAGGUUUCCGUCCAUUACCCCGACCUUGUCCAAAACCUUUCCCAAUUUCAAAUCCUGAGUCUACUGUUGAAAAUUCAACUGAUGUUCCAAAUGAUUUUAGUCAAUUCCCUGAAUCAAAUGAUUUCCAAUCCUUCGAAUCAGUUGAUUUUCCUGUAAUUAAAUUAUCAAUGGGCCCAGCUCGACCAAAACCAGUCUUCCAAAUAUCUCCAGUCAACUUUGAUCCAAUCGCUGUAGCAAAUGGAGCUCCAAUCCCACCACCAGCUGUAGUUCGUACUUCUGGAUCUAAUUUUCCUUAUAUCUCAAUGCCAGCCAUGGUACCAAAAUCUAAGCCUUUGAUUGAUUUGGAUCCAACUGUUCCUCGACCUGUACUUCGAGUCAGCAAAGAACAAUCAUCUAUAAAUGAAAAUUGGUGUUCUCGCGAAUCAUUAAUUUUGUACUGAAUCUUAUUGUUAAAA